AUGCUUUUCCUUACAACACUCAUCCUGGCGGCGCUUCUUGCUGUCAGGGGCGUUGAGAGCAAGUCAGUCUUUGCCCAUUUCAUGGUUGGCAACACAGAAACGUUUGACAUUACCAAGUGGCAAGACAACAUCGCUCUCGCGCAGCAAGCGCACAUGGACGCCUUCGCUCUGAACAUUGCGCACGGCUGGAAGUAUAACGACGAGCAGAUCGCCAACGCCUUCGCUGCCGCAAGCGCCAAGGGCUUCCAACUCUUUUUUUCCUUCGACUAUGCCGGUGGCGACGUCCCUUGGCCGAUGGCCGAGUACAACGGGAAGCCCUUCGUCUCGACAUUCGAGGGUCCCGACAAUGCCGAUGAUUGGCAUAGUAUCAAGGCAGACACGGACUGCUUCUUCAUACCGGACUGGUCCUCGUUGGGCGCGGGCCCGGCGCUGAGGGCCGCUGAUGGUGUGGCCGACGGCCUUUUCAACUGGGCCGCGUGGCCCUACGGACAGCGCAACAUGACUACCUAUAUCGACGCCUCGUACAACCAGCUCCUAGGGGGCAAGCCGUAUAUGAUGCCCGUUUCCCCCUGGUUCUUCACCAACUUGCCGGGCUAUAGCAAGAACUGGCUGUGGAAGAGCGGCGAUCUGUGGUACGAGCGCUGGAAGCAGGUGGUAUCCAUGGACUUCGAGCCCGAGUUCCUGGAGAUCAUCAGCUGGAACGAUUACGGCGAAUCUCACUACAUCGGACCUCUUGAUGACACCCAAUAUGAAGCGUUUGACGUCGGAGACGCCCCGUACAACUACGUCAAGAACAUGCCGCACGACGGCUGGCGAGAACACUUGCCCUACCUGAUCGAUCUAUACAAGACAGGCACGGCUUCUUUCACGAAGGAGAGCAUGGUCACCUGGUUCAGGACGUCACUGAGCGACACCUGCGCGGACGGAGGCACCACCGGAAACACGGCCUCCCAGCUCCAGCUCGAGUACAGGGCACGCGACCUGACGCCGGACCGCAUCUACUUCUCCGUCCUCUUGGCUAGCCAGGCCGAGCUCAGGGUCUCUUUCGGUGGCAGGGACUACUCCGUCAAGGACUGGGACUACACGCCCGAUGGCGGCGUAGGCGUUUACCACACCAGCAUCCCCGUCUUGGGGACUGGCGGUGCAUGGCACGCUCAAAUCAUCAGGGGCGGCAGCACCGUCAUCGACUAUUCGGUCCCGCAGGGCAUCUCGGGAGACUGUCCUUCCGGCGUCACCAACUGGAACCCUUGGGUUGGCUCGGCCUCCAGCGGCGGGUCUGUCUCCGGAAAGCCUCCUCGCGACUUGUCUGACCAAGUCUGCAUCGCAGGCUGGGGCGAGGGCAACUUCAACGACCUAUGCAAGUUCACUUGCAAGUACGGAUACUGUCCCUCGAGCGCCUGUAUUUGCACCAAUAUGGGGAAGGCCCUCGACCAGCCCAAGUCGACCAGUGUGGUGGGCUACCCGGGCAACGGCGACGCAAACUAUGGUGGUCUUUGCACAUUUGCCUGCAACCUGGGCUACUGUCCUUCGACCGCCUGUUCCACAGAGAAGCAGCGCGAGUACGUGCCCGAGACAUCGCCGUUCAACCCAAACACGUGCAUCAAGGGCGGCGGACACGGCAGCUUCGCCCGCAUCUGCAGUUGGGCAUGCAGUUAUGGUUUCUGUCCCAUCUUCUCCUGCUUCUGCACCAUGGAGGGACCUCUGAACCUGCCGCCCCCCGUUGUCAAGGUCAGCGGCGUGAAGUCCAACCUGGGGAAUGAUAACGGCCUCUGUGCCUUCACCUGUUCGCACGGCUACUGCCCGUCUCCCGAGUGCACCUCCAAGGACGACGAGUCUGAAGGCGGCAACUCCGGUGGGAUGGACUUGAUAGUCGGAUACUUCCAGGCUGACAGCAUCUCCCGACGUGGUUGUGCGCAGCGGUCGGCGAGCUUUGUGCAGACGGACUCGGUCAGCCACGUCAACGUUGCGUUUGCCUGGAUCGAUCCCGGCACGUUCGUUCUCGUUCCUGACGCGAGCACCGGGGACGACCAGAUGAGACAGCUAGCGGCGCUCAAGGGAGAGGCAACCGGGCUGCACGUCUGGUUGACACUUGGGGGCUAUGACUUCUCCACCGGGUCGCGAAGGGCGUCGGAUACUCAGGGCAUUUUCCGUGACCUGGUCAGCACCCAUGAGAACCGCCGCAAGUUUCUGGACAACCUCGUGUCUUUCCUCCGGAACUUUGGCUUCGAUGGUAUCGACAUAGACUGGCAGUGGCCGCAGUCCGCUGACGAGGCGACCAACUUUGCCAUGCUGCUGAGCGAGAUGCGGGAAUACUUUGACACGCAAUCCACAGGCUCUUCUUCGUGGGGAAUCUCGUUCACGCUGCCUGUUGAUACGACCGUCCUCCGGCGCUUCGACCUCGCCUCAAUGGCCGCUUCGGCAAGCUGGAUCAACCUCGUGGCCUACGAUCUGGAGAGUACUGACAAGAGCACUACUCGACCAGUGUCAGAUAAGAGCUCCAUUGACGCGGCGCUGAGCUUUCUGGCUAACGCAGGGGUCCCGACCAACCAGAUAAACCUUGGUAUCGCCUUCUUUGGCCGCACCUAUUCGCUCUCCGACAAGGCCUGCUCCGCCAUCGGUUGCGCCGCUUCCGGCUUUGGCGUAGCCGGGCAAUGCACCGGACGGCCCGGGUUCAUGUCUUACGACGAGAUUCAAAAGAACAUUGCUAUUGACAACGGCAAGAUUGACGACAAGACCGGUGUCAACUACCUCAGCUACGGUGACGGUCAGUGGGUGUCUUACGAAGACCGCAAGUCCAUCAUCGAAAAGGUCAAGUACGCCAAGAGCAAGGGUCUUCUCGGUCUCGCAUUAUGGUCCAUCGAUCUGGACGACAACGACCACCGGCUUCUCAACGCCACCUUGUAUCCAGGAGGUCUCGGAAGCCUCUCCUUGACGACCGGUACAAACCACGACGACUCGUCCAACUACACUGGCGUGGACAUCAGCCAGUGCUCCUGGUCCGACUGCCAGACUGUUAGUGUUCCGAGCUGCCCCGCCGGGAAGCAAGGUCUUAUUGUCAACCGCUGUAACACCAAGGCAGGGACGGGGGAAAAGGUGUUCAAGUCGCUAUGCUGUCCUCUUGGCCAGACGCCAAAUCCCGACACCUGUGGAUGGAAUCGGCUGGACGGAGGCUCUUGCACGCCCGGGUGCAAAACUGGCCAGGUCGCCAUUGCUUCCGACAAGUGGUUCAUCAACUCAAAGGCGGUAGAGAAUUACUGCUUCUUUGGCAUGGCUACCUUCUGCUGUGACGCCGUAGAAACGGGCGAAUCCGUGUGCGCCUGGGAGGACAAGUGCGUCAGCAUCGUCUCUAACAGUGUUCCCACAUCAUCCAAGACAUGCUCGCAAGGGCGCAAGUUCGUCACAUACGCAAAAAGCGCCCCGGGCCACGGCACAUGCCAGGGAGACGCCGGCGUCAACUCCUGGAAGCCUUACUGUUGCGACCAGGAUGUCGAAACAUCCUCCUUCCAGUGGUCUGGCGUCGGCGGCACCGUGGACGGUGGCAAGAAGGCAUGCGAAGCGGCUAAGACAUGCCCACUGGGGAAGACUGCCAUCGCCUCGUCCUACCUCGGUGGAGGCGCAGACUGCACCGCUGUUGAAUUGACCAGCGGACUGGGCAUCAGCCAGGCUGUCCUCGUCACGGAACAACGCACGCUUUGCGCAGACCCCAAUGCGCUCAGACGGCAGAUCAAGACCCUCCCAGUCCCGCUAGAGAAUCUGUUUCCUAAGCCAGGACCGUCAACGGACAAGCAGAAAUGGGACGUCAAGAUAGACCCAACCAUGGGCGGGGCUGAUCCGACCCCGGAAGAGAGCACCAACGCCGACAAGAACUCCUUCGGCUGGUACAUCAUGUCGGGCCCCGAGAGUGAGCUCACGUCUCUGAGCAAGCGGGAUGGGUCUCACUGGGAGCUUUUCGACUGCGAGGCGGGGGCACUGCACGAGAAGCGCCAAACAGUCCGAGCUGUGUGUACCGACGAUUCCAAGGCGAGCAACUGCGGCCUCAUCCACAAAGGACGAGGCGUGGCGGAGACGGUGAUCGAGAUGCCCGAGGGCUGCGGCCCCGGAAGAUACGCCAUGGCCGUCUCCCUGUCGCCGUCCAGCAACCAGAAGAUGCCGCACCGCCUGGUUAAGAGGAGACCGGAACUGGCUGACGCCCAGGUGUACGACCUCACCUUUGACUAUGACUUCUCCCCGCUGAGGAGGCGCGCUGGAGGAUCUAAUGUCCUGAUACGCAUCGACUACAGCGACGAUCCAGGGUACUGGUCCGACAUCGUCGCCGCGGCGCCGACAAAGAUCAGGAGAUCGAAGCGACAGAUCGAGGAAGAAGUCCACCGCCACCAUGAUGGCUCGUAUAAGACGUACAUGUACCACUUGUGGUCCAUCGACAAGCGGUCGACGCCCGAGCACAAGCUGCACGAACUGCAUUCGCGCUGGUUCUCCAAAUCUGGCUCCAUCAAGGACUGGAUAGAUAGGCUCCGAAAUGUGGACGAGGAGUACGAGCUGGUGCGACACCGAGUCAACCAGCAGAUCCGCUGGGACCUGUACGACGAGACGAUAUCCUGCCAGAUCAAAGGGGUCGACACAACGGGCUAUUUCAAAGCCUGGGCCGACUUGAAUAUCAACAUCGAAACGUCGGCUCUCGUCACGCUGAUCGGAAACAUGGGUGACCUGAGCAGCUUCGACGAGUCCCACGUGCUCUUCCGGAACAGCGGCUCCGUCAAAGCGUCCCUUAACAUGGAGGCGCUCGUCAACCUACACUUUCUCACCGGCAAGGUCGAGCUCUUUGGGCUGCAGAACUUUGGCGCCACCUUCACCGUACCCGGCAUUGUGACUAUCGGACCCAACUUCCGUGUCCUCGGUCAGCUGCAGGGCACCGCGACGCUGCAUGGUCAGGCCCGCGUCGACCUCACGCUCGCGGAAUGGGACUUUACCCACCAGUUCCCCGAUGCAAACGGCAGGGCUGAUGACGUCCUCAUGGCUGACAAGAAGCUGGCCUCCGCCGGUGUGGAGAGGGCAGACCCGACGAAACCGCUCGAGGGGCCCAAGUUCUACUACGACGUCUCUGCCAGCGGCGAGCUGAGCUUGAUGGUGACACCCAAGGUCACGCUGGGCAUCGUAUUCGACGACAAGUCGAUUCCCGACGCUGCUAUCGACUUUGGCGUCAACGGCGUUGUGAGCCUGUACGGCUCAGCUAGUUCGAACUCGAACACGGCUUGGGGUUAUUGCUACGGCAUCAACGGCCGAGUCGAGGUCUUUGCUGAAGUAUCGGCGCCCACCUUGUUCGGGUUCAGCCUGAACCGACACUACGAUAUUUGGUCCACCGGAACAUUCCCCAUCCUUGACGAGACCUGCGCCGCCGCCUCUUCGUCGCUCACGGAAACGCAGCCGAGCAAACGCACGGCCAGGCUGGUCAAGAGAGACAAUCUCGUCGGAUCACUGAUUUGUCCAGCAGAGUCGACGGCAGAGGCUCCGAACGUUGGUUCCUGUCCAGCGUGUGGCGAGAGCACCCCUGGUUCUAGGUCACGGUACGUCAAGAGGAGGUACGGGUUUGUCCUUGAGGAGAGGGCCUACACAUGCCCUGUGCUGAGCGACGAGAUCUGCGUGCCUGGCGCCUCUGGUAGUAUCUCUGGCCGCUCGUCAAGCGACGACAUCGUAUCAUCGCUUGCCCCAAGGCAAAUUGGCCAGAAGAAGGUCAUCCUGAACUUCGGCGGCGGCGAUGUGUUUCUCGACUUCGGGUCGUAUGCGCAAUGCGGAGAUGCUCAGGACUCAUGGAAAGGCCGGUACAUCCUGAAAUACGUCGUGGCGACCAACCCCGGGCUUCAGUGCAACGCAGACAUUUCUUUGAUGGAUAAACCCACCUGGGAAGCGCAGUACUCAGCAAUCGGAUUCGAGACGGAGCACAUAUACGAGCCGCAGAUGCUGAGAGACUUUUAUCUGUGGCUCGGCAGAGGGUCAGGCACGACAGUGGGCACCUACUCGAUGGCCGAGCCGCAAUGGGUUGACAAUGUCCUCAUUGGCGCACAGCUACCAGGAGCAAGCCCCGGCAACCUUUUCCUGAGCUUCGACCAGACAAAUCUAGGCAUCACGCAAAACCCCACGGUUGAUACGGUACACAAUACCGUGGCGUUGGGCUUCGGCCGUUCGGAGACCCAGAAAAACAAGUUCACCAAGGAGCGCACUGAUUCCAACCUGGCUCUGGUACAGUGGGAAAUUAACAGCGGGAAGGCGACGUGGAUGGGUUUCGAGAAACCCUCCUUCAAUCCUUCAAGUGACCUGGAAGAGGAUCGGCGACUGCUCCGGAAUGCCAUGGCCGUCUUCAGCUAUCUCAAGUUUGUGCCGCCCGGUUCGGCGACGGGGCAGAAAUACGCAAAAGUUGAGGCCAUCUGGAACAAGUGGAUGCGCGUCUCCAACUGGAUCGACUUUGUAUUUUGGGAAUUCGACAGGCAGUUCACUGUCCGCGGCGGUUGGCAAGCGUGGCCUGGAGCUCCCGUCAACAACGCCGGCGGGAACCCCUCGCUGCGCGCCUUAUACGCGCGCUUCGUCGAGGACAGCCUGGCCGAAAUCGAGGCGACUGUGGCAAGCUUUUGCACGACGGCGGAAGCGGCAUAUCUCAACGCACAUGGGCCUCUUAACGCCCAGGGAGUGCGUCAAUGGACCGAUCCAACUACGGAUCCCGCUUGGUACAACUCCGCCUUUGGGCCUGGCGGCUGGGCUACGGCUGCGGUAGCGCGAUUCCCGAGGGUUAGCUCCGCCAACGGCUGGUCUGCUUAUGGGGCCACGGGUCAAUUGGAUAUGAUGGUGGAUGGGGCAGGCAACUUUGUGAAUGGUCUUCCGCCUCCUGAUCGCAUAUAG